ACAUUUCGCCGUCUGUUCAAAAACGAGGAAGAACCUACGCUCUCCUCUUCUACAUAAGCUUCCACCUCGGAAGUAGAAAUAUUAACAGUUAAAAACCCUCACAGAGCUGCAGCCGUGUGAGUGAAGAGACGUCAAUGAGAAUCCACAGUGAGAGAUGAUGGACUCUGAGGUGUCUCUGCUGCUGCACUGUGCAGCCUGGAGGGGGUUGCUGGAGUCUCAAGUACAAGUGGAGCUCUCUGAAAGAUUCAACAGGCAGACAGAUCCGGUUCUAGAGCGUCUGAUAGAUGAGGUGUGGACAGAGCGGGUGUCCAAGGAGCCGUGGCUUUUCAAUGGGUCCAAAUUCAGACUGCACUCUUUCUGCUUGGCCUCGUCAUCCUCUGCUUCUCCUAAACACCCUUCGUGCUCUCAGCCAACCCUCAUCUCCUUCUCAGACUGUGCAGAGGAGCAGGAGGGAGAGUUUCAACACAGCAGACAAACAAUGAAGGAGGAUCUGUGUAUCACUGAUGGUCUGCAUGACGCUGCUCAGAGCAGUUUGGACAGAAACGGACCUGUGAAGACAGAAAGUGUAGACAGUGUCAGCGAGAGCAUCACAGCUGAACCCUCUUCCAAAAACACAGAUGAUCAAGACACCACUCCGCUCCUCACUCUGAGACUAGGCCUCACAUGCUAUAAGGACUACCUGGGAACAAACUGGUCAUGUCAAGUGGCAGAGCUUCGUCAGCGAGGGGAGGAGGAAUUCAGUGAUCCUCUGGUGCUGCUGGCUCAGCCUCUGGGUGUAGGUGGCAUCCUGUGUACAGACGAUAGUCAGGUGGUGUUCAUCAGGAGGAGCCAGAGGGUGGCGGAGGCAGGGGGGCUCCUGGACAUCCCCGGAGGUCACCCAGAGCCAAAGGUGGUGUGUGAGCGUUUGGGCCACUCAGUGUGUGAGGAGCAGAUCAGUGUGGACAUGAUGCAGCAGAGGCUCGUCGUCUCGGAGCUGUUUUCGUCUGUGUGCGCCGAGAUCAGAGACGAGGUGAAUAUUCCCCUGAGCUCCCUCGGAGAGCCGGUCCUGAUGGGUGUCGCGCUUAAUCACACCAGCGCUGGGAGACCAAGUGCUGAGUUCUACGUCAGUUGCUCGUUGACAUCUGAUGAGGUUAGAAAGUUGUACUGGAAAGGAGGAGCAGAGGCCCAUGAGUCCACAGAUAUCGUGUUCCUCAGCAGAACGGAGGUGUUGCAGCUGGACAGGAGCAGCCCUCUGUGGUCGGAGCUGUGUCCUUCAGCUAAAGGAGCCGUGCUGCUGUAUCAGACAGUGAAGCCUGACGGAGAGCGAGGACACGACACUCAGCUGGUCGCAUCAGGAAAUGUGUCCAGAUGAUCAAAAAUACAUAAAGAAACCUUUUCAUUUACUGUAAUCACUCCCUGACCAAUACUGGUGUUAACACUGUGCAAAACACUGUAUUUUUAAUUAUUUGUACACUGUGCAGUAAAAACAUGUUUAAAAUUUAAAAAUAUUUUUAGAAUAAAAACCCUCAAAAUGACCUGGUUAAAAUUAUUAAAUA